AUGGAGGUUCCUAAGCAGGCUAUCAACUCCGUCGAUGAGAUGGAGAUCCACGAGAAGCUCGCUUUCGACGAGGUCAUCCGUCCCGUUGAUUCUUACACCGAGAACGGUACCUACUGGGCCGAUCUCCCCGUCGGCCAGCGUAUCAGCUUCGUCGUGGCCCAGGAUGGCGCGGAAGCUCGUCGCGAGUUUGCCUGGCUGUGGGACAUGUUCAAGGCUGAUCCCUUGUCCCCUAUCGGUCACUACUUCCGCAACUCCGUCCUGCCCGGUGCCGGUCUUGGUCUCGAAGGUUAUGUCCUAUUCUCCAUCGGUAACAUCGGCUCGCUGUUCAAGGACUCGUUCAAGGAGUGCUGGGACAAGAAAGAAAUCUGUGAUGCCAACUGGAUUGCCGCCGUCAACUACCUGGAGGUUGCCGGUAUCAUCGUCGGUCAGGUUCUCGUUGGUGUUCUGGGUGACUGGAUCGGUCGUCGCUGGGGUCUGAUUCAGGAUGCCACUAUCAUGUUCAUCGGUCUUCUCAUGCUCACUGCCUCUUGGGGUGUUACCCAGAACGGUUGGGUUAUCUGCUACGCGUGGUCUCUGUUCUUCUACUCCAUUGGUGUCGGUGGUGAAUACCCCAUGACCGCUACCAUUGGUAUGGAGAAGGGCUACAGCUCCGGCAAGAUUAGCACGGCCAACGACCGUAUGCACCGUGGUCGCACCGUCGUCGGUGCUUUCCUGAUGCAGGGUUGGGGCCAGUUUGCCAACCAGGUCAUCCUGAUCUUGCUGCUUCUCAUCUUCCACCACGGCUCUGGCGAGCCCCCGAUUUCUGCCCUUGCCACCCAGUGGACUUUCCGUGUCUCUUUCGCUAUCCCUGCUACUGGUACCGCUUGGCUCAUCUACUACCGUGCCUACCACAUGAGGGCUGCCAGUAAGCAACUGGAUGCCCAGAAGAAGAAGGCCUCCGUCACUGGAUACGACAAGGAGUCUCUUCGUCUGACUUUCAAGCACUUCUCCCCUCGUCUGAUCGCCACCGCCGGUGGUUGGUUCGCCAACGAUGUCUUCUUCUACGGUAACAAGCUCUUCCAGAGCAAGUUCAUCUCCGUCAUCAGCCCUGCAUCCACGGAUAUCAACACCAAAUGGCUCUGGAACUUGGCCAACAUCGGUGUUGAGCUUGCCGGUUACUACUCCGCCGCUUGGUUCGUCGACAACAAGCUCUACGGCCGCAAGUGGAUGCAGAUCGUCGGUUUCAUGAUGUGCUUCAUUCUCUUCGUCAUUCCCGCCUUCAAUCUCAAGUACUACGAGGAGCCCGCCCACAUUCACUCUUUCCAGGCGAUGUACUUCCUCUCCUCCUUCUUCAACCAGUUCGGUCCCAACUGCAUUACCUUCCUUGUCGCCGCCGAAUGCUUCCCCACCCCCAUUCGUGGCACUGCUCACGGUAUUGCUGCCGCCUCCGGUAAGGUCGGUGCUCUGGCCAUCGCCAUCAUCGGCUCGUACACCAACAUCCAGCAGCAGUUCUACAUUGUGCCCUGGUUUGGUCUUGCCGGUACUCUGGUCACUUGGCUCUUCCUCCCCGAUACCACCGGUCUCGACCUGCGCGAGCAGGAGCGUCGCUGGAAGUUCAUCCGUGAGGGCCGCGAGAACGAGUACCACGGCCCUGCUGUCCACCGCAAGCAUUUGUCUGUCUGGGAGCGCUGGACCGGCAAGGGCAAAUACUACGAUGCUGCCCUUGACUACCAGGACAAGGUCCACGAGUAUCGCGCCGAGUGGGAGGCUGCCAUAGCUGCCCGCGCUGAUGAGAAGAACGUCUACGACAUGGACGAUGUUGAUGAGCACAUUCUUUCUGGCUCCAUGCACACCUACUUCGAGCGUACCACCCCUGACUUCCGUGGUGUCGAGAAGGAGACCCACACUGAGGAGCCCAUGACUCUCCCUGCCUCCGCUGCCGACCAGCAGAAGCCUCUGAGCCAGUAG